UUAAUCGGUAUUUUGAGAGAUCUUGCUUGGUUCGGUAAACUUAAAAGAAAGACUUACCCAAACACACACACAGCACACGCUUUUAAUUAUUUUCUUCUCAGUUUUCAUUCUCUUCUUUGCUUAGUUCCAUAAUUUAUUUCAUAAUUCCAUUACACAACGCAACGCAACGCAACGCAAGUGUUGUUAAUUAGUACUUUGAAAUUUGAUGGAGUACGAAUACAACAGAAGUAGGUCGGGCCCACAAGUUCCGAUGUAUCGUGCACCACCGUCAUCCUCCGGCGCUCCCUCUUCCAUCUACCCUAAGAUCGGUCCUCACCCUUCCAACCCUCCCCCACCUCGUCCGUUACCCUAUCAGCACAUUCCCAAUCCUUCACCUUCUCUAGGGUUGGGCAUUAAGGUUGCAAUCAAGUCGGAAUUUAGGAUCGCACCGCCGCCUCAUUUGUUACCACAUGUGGGAGAUAUUCCACGGAGCAACUUCCAAUUUGAUUUUGGAUUGGAGAGGAAAAUUUUGGCCGAAGCAGAGAAGGAUAACCCAAAUUGGAGCAAAUUUGGGGUGGAAAACCUUCCAACUAAGGCUUCUGAUAAUACAUCAUCGUCAAAGGUUACUUCUUCAGAUCCCAUUGUGAGCAAAUAUAUAAGCAUGGGACUCAGCCGUGAGGCAGUUCCAAUUGCUGUUACGAACUAUGGUGAUAAUCCAACCAAAGUUAAAGAAUUUGUUGAUGGAUACACUCUUCUGCGUGAAAUGGGAUUUUCAUCAACUAGCGUUACCGAAGCCUUGGUUAUGCAUGACAAUGAUAAAGACAAGGCAUUGGCUUAUUUCCUUAGUGGCUCAUCAUGAGACUGCUGGAAGCAUAUUUGUUGUAGGGUAUCAUUUGUUUAUAAAGAAAUAUGCAAGUUCCUUUUGUAUAAUACAAAUAAUGACCAAAUAUAGGUACAGUGAGAUUGGCAAUCUGUUAUUGUCUGUUGUGGGAUAUUGGUUUUAGGGGAUUUUUGGUGUUUGUGGAGAGAACAAAUAGACCUGAUUAUUAUCCAUAUUAUAAAUUAUAAAGGCUUUUUGUUUUGUUAAAAAAGUUAUUAUUUUUGUUUUUGGCCAAGACCUUAACUUCUUGGGGAAUGUUUGAUUGAGAUUAUUUAUUUAUGGUAAAUUACCUUUUUAUUUUC